AUGCCUCCACCAAUACCAGCGACUGUAGACGACGGCGACAGCCAAUUGGCCCCCAAGAAAGACGGUAGCACCAAACAUUCCACCAACGGAACCUCCGGCAACUCCGAGUCGCAGCCCGUGCCGAUUGUGAGGCGAUCAACAACUCGACUGUCGCGCAUCUCGACUCCGCAGCUGCAGAAUGGAAAGGACCGGGAAGCCAAGAAUGUGUCGGUCAGGACGCUGUCCUCGACCCCGCCAGCGGCGGCGACACUGGACCCUUUGAGCAAUCAAAUCUUUCUGAGGACCAACAGCGGCUCUCUUGAGACAGCCACCUCUUUAGCCCAGCGCUUGCGCAACUCUACCAAAGCCGACAGUCCCACGACAGAGACCUUUCCUAGGAAGAGCAUAACUAUUGAGAACACUGCUCGCUUGGCAAAUGGCUCGGCUGACUUGCCCAAAGAUCGAAAGAAAGGAACUUCGUUUUUGAGCCGCCUGGCCAUGCGCAGCGCCUUCAAGAAGAACGACGAUGAUGCGCCCGACUCCGACUCCGAGCUCGGUGAGCUACGCACCGAAGGAAGUAGCGCUCGUGCUCCCAUGUCCGUCAUGAGCGAUGGCGGCGGCUACAUCCCACUUUACAAAGAACCCCCCCGCUACAUUCGCGUGAGGUCACAUAACAGCAAGCGUCGAGACUUCAACCGCCUCUUUUUAGCCCAGGAGCUGUUAGGUCCAAAGCCGGAGAAAGAUGAUGAGCCGUCGCAAGGUCGCGCCCCUGCCACCGCAGUGGGCACAAAACUUCUCAAGGCUGGCGAUGCUAUCUGGGCGGCCGAGUUUAGCCUUGACGGCCGCUACCUCGCCGUAGCUGGCAAAGACCAGGUUGUGCGAGUCUUUGCAGUUCUAUCGACCGAGGAGGAGCGCAAGGCGCAUGAGCAAGAGGAGGAAGCAGAAAGGGAUGCGCAAGGCAAAAGCAGAGGAGAGCGACUCAGCGCGCCCGUAUUUCGAAACAAGCCGAUUCACGAGUUUCAAGGCCAUACUGGCGAAGUGCUGGCGCUUUGCUGGAGCAAAAACAACUUCCUCUUGUCGACAUCAAUGGACAAGACUGUGAAGCUCUGGCACAUUAGCAGAGAUGAGUGUCUUGCUACGUUUACGCACCACGAUCUAGUUACCUCGGUAGCUUUUCACCCCACCGAUGACCGCUUUUUCCUCGCGGGCUCCCUGGACGCUCAGCUCAGACUGUGGAACAUACCGGACAAGACAGUCGCUUUCUCGGCAUCUACAAAUGAAUUCAUCACAGCUGUAGCUUUUUCCCCCGAUGGAAAGAUGGCCAUUUGCGGGGUGCUGAAUGGCAUGUGCUCGUUUUACGAGACAGAGGGGCUUAAAUUAAAGUUUCAGAUCCAUGUCCGAUCGUCAAGAGGGAAAAACGCCAAGGGUAGCAAAAUCACAGGCAUCAAGACAACUGCCACCCCGGGAACAGGCGAAGUCAAGGUACUGAUUAGCUCCAACGAUUCGCGCGUGCGAAUCUACAGCUUGAAAAGCAGGAUGCUCGAAGUCAAAUUCAAGGGUCUGGAGAACCAGUCCAGCCAGAUCCAUGCUCGUUUCAGCGAUGAUGGGACAUACGUCAUUUGCGGUAGCGAAGAUAGGAAAGCGUAUAUUUGGAACACAAAUGCAACAGAAACCGACACGAAAGACCGUCAGCCUUAUGAGUGCUUCGACGCCCACCCAGAGGUUGUCACCACCGCCCUAAUAGCACCGACACGGACAAGACAGCUCUUAAGCGCCUCGGGAGACCCGAUAUUUGACCUCUGCAAUCCGCCCCCGGUCUUGCUUCGCAGUCUUGAUGAGGCAGCGCUGAGUCAAACCGAGGUAUCGGAAACAGGCGCCGAGAUCCACCACCAACCGCCCAGUAUCAAGAAGCCCGAAGAAAGCCCAGCCUACAUUGAACGCUGCAAACAUUACGACGGAAAUAUCAUAGUUACAACAGACAGGACCGGCACCAUCAAGGUAUUUCGACAAGAUUGUGCUUACGCCAAGCGCCAGCAGAACAUGUGGGAGAUAGGCUCCAAAUCUUUUAGCAAAGUGAGCGGCCUGGGACGCAGCGGAAGCAUAAUUACAAGGACAAGCGGAAGCUUAUCUAGACGGGCUUCGUUGAAUCUGAGCCAAGGCCAAAGCGCCCAGCAUCCGUCUGACCGGAUUAUAAGCUGGCGCCAAGAUGUUGACGAUGAGGGGCGGGCUAGCCUCAAUGUGACGCCAGCAAGGAGUGAGCGAUCUGCUUCGCCAAUGAAAGCCGCAAAACCACCUGCCAGCAUAUCAACGGCGGUCAAUCCCUCAGCCGAAGCCCGAAGGCGACCUAUCCCAAGCGGCUCUCCAGUACGCGCGGCGCAGAGGAAUAGUCUCGUCAGUCCUGCAGGUAGCGUGCGCAGUAGGCCAUCGAUGGGAGCGUUGGACGGAGGAUCGCAGCCGCCGACGCCCAGCUUCAAUUUCAUCAGCUCGGCUGAUGGAGAGGAGAAUGAAAAGGACAACAGUUUUUGGAAUCUCAGUCGGUGGAGAGGUAGCUUUUCGGGACUGCGAUACUCGAUAAGUGCAAGCUCUCCUACAGAGCCCACUCACGAUGCUGCUGCCGCUUCUUCUUCUUCUUCUUCUGCUGCUGCUGCUACUGGAGCAGAGCAGUCUAAAGCUGCCAAUGAGUUGCUCAAGCCGCCGAGCAGGACAGCUAACCGGAGGAGCAUUGGGGUUACCGACCUCAACCGGCCCAAGGUUGUGGAAGAUCAGACCAAUCGCAGGAGGUCGAUGGGCCCUACAAUUCGAGCGAGCAAAUCCCAGGAAACAACUACGGGAAUGGAUGUAAUCGAGGAAAUCAAAUCUGAUCAGUCGCUGCCCAAGAAGCGGGCGGACUCUGGUGUGGGGAGGAUGAGUGAUGACACGGCUGAAUGA